AUGGCGUUUGAGGAAGAUGAAGCCAUUAACCUCCUUUCUCUUGAUGGAGGUGGUGUACGGGGGGUCUCAUCUUUGCUCAUAUUGGAUGAGAUUAUGAACAGGAUUAAGGAGCAGUAUGGCCUAGACGAAGUCCCCAAGCCGUGCGACUACUUUCACAUGAUCGCUGGGACCAGCACAGGAGGGCUUAUCGCUAUCAUGCUCGGACGGUUGCGCAUGUCUACCAAGGAAGCUUUGCAAGAGUACGAUAAUUGCGCUGCCCAGAUCUUCCGGCUCGGUAACCGGAAAUGGAGUCUUUCAGAGAGAUUCCGUUCUGCUGCUCUUCAAGCCGCGGUCGAGGGCAUUGUAAAGAGACGCGGCCUCGGGGAACUCAUGCGGGACGCACAGCGCCAUAAAAAAGGAAAGACAAUCGUCUGCGUGAUGCCAUCCAAGUUGAUUGAAAAGCCACGGGUUGUGCGAUCCUUUGCUGGGGACCCAGGCGAGCGGCAUUGGGACGCAAACAUCACGAUCUGGCAAGCGGCGAGGGCCACAACAGCUGCAUCAUCCUUCUUCAAACCUCAGAAAUUAGGUGGCGAGGGGGAUGAUAUUGAACAAACAUACAUCGACGCGGCGAUCGGGGCUAACAACCCUGUGGGAUAUCUCUUGGAUGAAGCUGUUCUAGAGUUUGGAGCCGGUCGGCGCUUGGGUUGUGUGAUCAGCAUUGGGACCGGCACCCGCCUUCUUGAGGUUGGGAGGGUGAUGACAGGCAUCAGGAACUUUCUUCUCGCGCCCUCGUGGUAUAUUCAAUUGAUCAAGACGCUGAAGGCUAAAGCAACCGAUGCCGAGGAGGCCCACCGCCAGUUGGAGUUAAGGUUGGCCCCCUUUCCCGGCUCUUACUUCCGUUUCAAUGUUCCCGAUGCGGCGGCAAAGGUUGGGUUACACCAUUACAAACGGAUGCCGACACUGAAAUCCUUGACGAAGGCCUACCUCGCCGACAAAAAGGUCAACGCCCAAGUCUCACAAAUUGCAGAGCUGCUGAAAACCGACGGCUUCGAGCACGGCCUCGUGCUCGGUCAUCUAAGUAUUGACAAGGAACAAGUCAUUCUGUCAACUUCUUUCCGACAGAUGGCCCCAUCAAGCUCUUUCUUUACCGGGAGACAAGACAUCCUAACCGCCAUGGACUUACUCUUCUCCCCGCGACAUACUGGAGGCAGUCCCCGCCGAGAGUGUCUACUAUACGGGGCACCCGGUGUAGGGAAGUCGGAGAUUGCCAGGAAGGCCAGCGAGAUGUUUGAUAGGAGGUUCAAGUACAUCUUUUUUAUCGACGGCACAAUGGGCUCUUCAAUCCGCUACAGCUACAGCCAGAUUGCCAAAAAGUACAACCUCGGGAGUGGAAGCCCGGAGGUGAUGCAAAGGCUGGCUAUGAAUUGGAUUGAGGAGUUAACGGACGAGUGGCUCAUGAUAUUUGAUGACUGCAACAUGGAAAAUCGGCACAGCAAUCUCCCCGGUCGAAGCAGAGGAAACAUCAUCUAUACCACGCGGCUGACGACCCUGACCUACAGCUUGACCGCAGGUUCAAUAUUCGAAAUUACAGAACUCGGCACUCAAGAUGCGGUAGAGCUCCUUCUCAAAGCGGCUGGGCUGCCGGAGACUACAAUCAGCGACGCAGACCGGGCCUUGGCUAGGACCAUUGUGAAGGAGCUGGGUGGACUCCCUCUUGCGAUCGGCACUGCAGCAGCAUCAAUCAGGGACGGGAUGACAUUGAGCGGGUUCCUUACACUCCACCGGGAACGCAAGGUUCGCGUCCUCCAUGACCCACGCUUUGAGGACAAUAUUGAGAAUGCAACAGUCUACGCCGUCUUCGAAGUAUCCUACGACGCCCUCAAAGCACGCCAACGCCGAGGGGGACGACAACUCAGCGGACGGAUCGCUAGAAGUGCCGCUAAGCUACUGAGCUUGCUCGCUUUCUACCAUACCAGGGACUUCCCCUUAUCUGCCUUGGGUCGCGCAGCGCAGGAGCGGCAGAAACGCAAUGCUCAUAUGGCGUAUCCGUUAAGCGGUAUCCUAGAACCACCCGACAUAGACCUUGAGAUUCUGUUCGGCUGCGUCAAUGAGGAGGGGAGAUGGGACUCAGCCUGGGUGUCUGCAGCGCUGAAUCUGCUGGAGACUUUGUCGCUGGUCAAGGUAAACCACGACCAGGACAGCGUCUCUAUGCACAAUUUAGUCCACAGUUGGGCUCGGAUAAGACUGGAAAAGGACCUGUUCCAGAGGUAUUCUCUGAUCGCCCAAAUCAUCAUCUCUGAAUCUAUCGUACUCUCGCCAAAGUGGAGGGACAAAGCGGAUGCUCUCUCUGUUGGGCCCCACGCCCGUGUGUGUUUCAAGCACCCUUCGAAAGACUUGCGUCAUGAUCAAUACCAGGCCCAGAUGCAAUUAAAAAGGGCUUGGAUGUACCAGUUAAACAAGAAGUUUGACAAGGCGGAAAUGCUUUACGCGGAGUGUCUUCGUUACUGGAAAGUGGAACACGGCAACGACUCGUGGAGUGUGGUCAACAUUUUGAACCGGAUGGCGAUGAUGUAUCAUGAAAUGGGGCGCCUUGGGGAUGCCGAGCUCACUUACUUGGAGCUUAUAAAUAAGCUUGACACGAGGCUAAAAGAUUUCGACGGGCCCCCUCCGAAACGCCCUGUUCAAGAUCCUGCAGAUGAGCCAAAGACAGGCCAUCGAGAUCCAGAUGGGACAUAUUCUCCGACUCGGCCGCACGACAGCCCGGCACUCUCCAUUCAAAAUCAGCAAAGGAUGAGACGUCGCGUCGCUAACGCCUUCGAAAGUGUGCUUCACGGCGAUUCUUCAAAGCAUGGGAAGAGUCUCGAAGGAAACCCACCGACUGUGUUAGAACCAGAAUGGCCAAGACUCAUUGAAUCACGCCGCCCCAAGGCUCCCGAGGACCCGGAUGAGAUCUUGGCUGUACUUUGCGUUCACCAUGCGGACCUGGCAAAAGUUUACAUCGACCAGGAUAGAGAAGGUAUGGGGGUGCGCAUGCUACUUCAAGCUGCUCGCAGGCUCGAAGCCCUGCUCCCGCCAGACAGUCCAGAGCUCCAACGGGUUCAGAACGAGGCUAUGGCACUUACUGAGCCCGGGAACCUUAAGUUUUGGAAGAAACGCAUGGAAGAAAUUGAGAACAACCUUGAACCUGGAAGCGACUUCAUGGAGUCCGACACGGUCUGGCCGGUCUUUGUUUUUCUCGCCGACUGUCUGCUAAAGAAUAGGGGAUAUCGCUUUGCGUACGAGAGGUACUGCGACGCGUUGACGCUUUUCGAACGGGUUCACGGUCCGAACGACAAAAGAGUCCUUCAGAUCCUCCGCCACAUGGUUGUCUGCACAGUGGAUAGCGGCGACUGUGACCUCGGCGUGAAAAUUGCGAGGGACUGCCUCAAACGGGCAAAGCUGGCGUAUGGGGAGUGCCAUCAGGAGACGGUGUAUUAUUCGUUGAAAAAGAGCGUGGAACAAGCGGAAGCCACGUUUGGGAAAGACCACGUCAUCACCAAAACCUAUGCACGCUACUUAGGUCCCGCGCCGACAAGAACGCUCGAGGAAGAGUUCGAGCGGUUACUUGCCGCCUUUGGGCCCCAUAAUCAAUUGACCAUAAGCCGCCACGAGGAGUUGAUGAGCCAACGAGGUCCUUUUGACGAGCCCGUUUAUCAGAAGGCAGCACCCAUCCCGGUCAUCGGGUACUGUGCUUGCGGUAGCCAGCUGCAUGCGGAGGGAUCACGAGAAAACGAAGCCUUCGUUUGGGAGCUGGAGGGCUUCGAGUUUAAUGAUUGGAAAACAGAAGACUCGGGCGUUGCAUUUGGGGAUGAGCUGAACAGCGUGCCAAACACGCCGGGUAAAACAGUUGACAGGACAAAGGGUAACGUUGGGGACCGGUGGCGAAACAGGCCUGUCUUUAAGUGCGGUUUAUUUUAG